AUGGCUCGGCCAAGAGACUCGCGCUCACCAAGUCCUGCAGGCAGUCAAUACGGCUCACGUCGACACCGGAAAGAUGAUGACCGGCGGGACAGAGAUAGGGACCGUCGAGAUGGCGGGAGGGAGUAUCGUCGGCGGUCCAGGUCGCGCAGCCCAGAUAACCGAUACCGUGACCGAGGGGGGCGGGAUCGUGACCGCGACUCCUACCGCCGCAGAGAACGCUCCAUAGAUCGACGAGAUGAUGAUCAUUACCGCGGAGUUAUUCGAGAUCACCGCGAUAGAGAGAGACGCAGGUCGCGUGAUCGGUAUAUUGAAAGGCCUCGCUCUCCAGGGCGGAGACGAAAUCGCAGUCGCGACAGCGAUAGAGACCAUAGAAGGCGACCUGAUUCUCGUGACGGCAAUCGUGGACGCCGAGAAGAAACUGCCAACUCCCGUCCUCGUAGCGGCCGCGCUGACAGUCGAAGUCGCAAGACUUCUCUCGCGGACAGCAGCAGCAACAAGGGCGGUUCCGAGCAGUUGAAGAACAAGGCGGUAGCGCCCCAGUCCGAUGCUGACAAGAAGGCCGAAAGACUUGCAAAACUGGAGGCGUGGAAGAAGAAGAAGGAGAUAGAGGGCCAGAAACAGAAAGAGGUAAAUCCGAGUCUGACCAGAAGUUUGCUAGCUGAAAUGGACAUGAGAGCGUCCGGGCUCUCACCCACGGUAGACUCAGCCGGUGUUUCAACUGUUGCCUCUCCUGCAACAUUGAACGAGUCCGGCAGCGCAUCGCCUGCUGUCCCUUAUGCCGGCAAGUUUGACCCCAAGACCAUUGCCAAAAAGUCGGCUGCAUCAAGGACGCACGACACUUCUAAACCAGUUCUGGGUUCACUUGACGUCCAACCAGAAAGAUUGGCUGCACAAGUCCAGCAGAAGGCCAUAGCAUCCGCUUUGCCUGCAAACAGAGCAAAGACGAACGGGUUCGGGUUUGGGAAGUCUCUGGUGGACGCCGACAAGCUACCAGCGAAACGCAAACUGGAUCUGGACGGAGAGGACACCACGAAGCGAAAGCUGACAAAGCUGCCAGCCCUCCCCAUGGAAACAGAUGACACCCCUUACGCCGACCAGGAUGAGGAUGACGAUUCCGACGGAGGUAACUUCGCCGAGAACGAAGAAGAGGCUGCCGCUGCAGCGCGUGCCGCACAUGAGAAGCGCCUGCAAGCAGAGAAUCAGACUGAACCCCAGCCAGUAGGUGAGCCUAUGGAGGAAGAUGCACAAGAAGAGGAUCCGCAAGUUGCGCAAGUUGCGCAAGUUGAUCAAGAGACAAACGGCGUGGAUGUUGUCGACAGUAACGUGACCGCACAUGAACAGCCACUCGCUCAACAAAUGGAUGUGGAUGAAGGCGGCGGCGGCGAUGACGAUGGUGAUGAUGAUGGUGAUGAUGACGCAGAUCCUCUCGAUGCGUUUAUGGCGGACCUGAAACAGACGGAAACAAAAAAGGUGGCCAAGGUCUCUACUACAAAGAAAAAUCAAGCACCAGAGGCAUACUUCAGCGACGAAGAGUACAAUUUUGAUUCGGAAAGGAAAGCGGACACUGACUUUUUCGCCAUUGCCAACAAGCGCAAGAAGAAGGAUAUUCCUGCCGUUGACUACAGCAAGAUUGACUUGGUACCGGUGCGCAAAAACUUCUGGGUAGAACCGGCCGAGUUGAGCGCACUCAGCGAGGAGGAACUGGUCGACCUGCGUCUGGAGCUCGAUGGCAUCAAGGUCAACGGGAAGCAUGUCCCGAAACCGGUCCAGAAAUGGGCUCAGUGCGGACUUACUCGGCAGACCCUGGAUGUUAUUGACAGUUUGGGUUACGAAAAGCCCACGCCAAUCCAAAUGCAAGCCAUCCCCACGCUCAUGUCGGGCAGGGAUGUCGUGGGCGUGGCCAAGACGGGAUCGGGCAAAACUGUUGCUUUCCUGCUUCCCAUGUUCCGCCACAUCAUGGACCAACCGCCGAUCAAGGAUACCGACGGCCCGGUCGGGCUCAUCAUGACGCCGACCCGUGAGCUGGCCACGCAGAUUCAUAGAGACUGCAAGCCUUUUGUGAAGAGCAUGGGGCUUCGUGCUGUUUGCGCCUAUGGUGGCGCGCCGAUCCGAGAUCAGAUUGCGGAGCUGAAGCGCGGUGCCGAAAUCAUUGUCUGCACGCCCGGUCGGAUGAUUGACCUGCUCGCAGCAAACCAGGGCCGAGUCACAAAUCUAAAGAGAGUGUCGUACGUGGUCCUGGACGAAGCUGAUCGAAUGUUUGACAUGGGUUUCGAACCACAAGUCAUGAAGAUUUUUGCCAGCAUGCGGCCCGAUAGGCAAACCAUCCUGUUUUCCGCCACCAUGCCACGAAUCAUCGACUCUCUCACCAAGAAGGUCCUCAAGAGCCCUGUGGAAAUCACGGUGGGGGGCCGCAGCGUCGUCGCCAAGGAGAUUGAACAAAUCGUCGAGGUUCGCGAAGAGGGCACCAAGUUCCACCGGGUUCUCGAGCUCCUGGGUGAAUUGUACGACAAGGACGAGGAUGCUCGGGCCCUGAUUUUUGUCGAGCGGCAGGAAAAGGCCGACGAUCUUCUCAAGGAGCUCAUGAUCAAGGGGUACCCUUGCAUGUCGAUCCACGGAGGCAAGGAUCAAGUCGAUCGCGACUCGACCAUUUCCGACUUCAAAAAAGGCGUGGUGCCGCUGCUGAUUGCCACGUCGGUCGCCGCUCGUGGUCUUGAUGUCAAGCAGCUGAAGCUGGUGAUCAACUACGAUGCGCCAAACCAUCUGGAGGACUAUGUCCACCGGGCUGGGCGAACGGGCAGAGCGGGAAACACGGGAGUGGCCGUCACGUUUGUCACCCCGGAACAGGAGAACUGCGCUCCGGGAAUUGCCAGGGCGCUGGAGCAAAGCGAGCAGCCGGUGCCAGAACGACUCAACGAGAUGAGGAAGGCGCACCGUGAAAAGGUCAAGUCGGGCAAAGCCAAGGAUUCGUCCGGGUUCGGCGGCAAGGGUCUCGAUCGACUGGACCAAGAACGAGAAGUGGCUCGACUCAGGGAGCGUCGGACGCACAAGGCUGAUGGAGAAGAGGAGGAGGAGAAGGAGGAAAAGGACGAGGGUAGGCAAAAGGCCGAGAAGGCCCUCGACGCGAUUCGUGCGGCUGCCUCGAGCGUCCAAGCUCGAGACGCAGCCAAGUCGAGCGCUGGGGCCGACGACCAAAGGGCCAGCGGCGACACUCCAAUGGGCGGCGAAAAGACCAAGGACGCCCUCGACAAGGUCAGCUCGGCAAUCAGCGCCAUCAACAGCCGGCUCGGCAAGGCUGGGCAGCUCCGAUCCGGGCAGCCCAUUGACAACAAAGGGCCCGACGCCGGGGCGUUCCACGCCACCUUGGAAAUCAACGACUUUCCGCAAAAGGCCAGAUGGGCCGUCACCAACCGAACCAACGUGGCCAAGAUUCUCGACUCUACCGGAACGUCCAUCACGACAAAGGGCAGUUUCUACCCGCCGGGCAAAGAAGUUCCUGCAAACGGAGAUCCCAAGCUGUAUAUCCUCAUUGAGGGUGACACCGAGGUGGCUGUGGGUGCGGCGCUGCAAGAAAUGACCAGGUUGCUGAGAGAGGGCACGAUUGCGGCUGCGGAUGCAGACAGCAGGGCGCCUACAAGCGGUCGAUAUACAGUCAGCUAG